AUGCUUCUAUUUGGUGCCUGGGCCCUGCUGGUCUUGAUCCCUUGCCCAGGCACCACAGAAGAACUAUUCGAGGUCUCUGUUCAGCCAGAUCAGGCCCUGGUGGAGUCUGGACAGUCCCUCGUGGUCAACUGCAGCACCACCUGUCCAGACCCAGGCCCCAGUGGAAUUGAGACCUUCUUAAAGAAAACCCAGGUGGGCAGAGGGCCUCAGUGGAAGGCGUUUCUCUUGGAGGAUAUCACAGAGAAUUCCAUCCUGCAGUGCUUCUUCUCAUGCGCAGGGGUGCAAAAGGACAAGCGCCUGGGCAUUUCCGUGUAUCAGCCACCAAAGCAAGUGAUCCUGGAGUUGCAGCCUGCGUGGGUGGCUGUAGAUGAAGCCUUUACAGUGAAGUGCCAUGUGCCCAGUGUACCACCUCUGGAGAACCUCACCCUUACACUUCUCCAGGGCAACCAAGAACUACACAGAAAGAGCUUUGUGAGUUUGGCUAUGGCCGCUCAAAGCGCUGAGGUCACCGUCAAUGUCAGAGCUCAAAGGGAGGGUGACAGGUGCAAUUUCUCCUGCCGUGCACAGCUGGACUUGAGCUCACGAGGUGGGGGGCUCUAUCAUGGCAGUUCAGCCGUCAAGGUUCUCUGGCUCUUCGAAUUCUCUCAGAGCCCCCAGAUCUGGGUCUCUCCACUGCUGGAGGUUGGGAUGGCCGAGAGUGUGAGCUGCGAGGUGGCUAAGGUGUUUCCAGCCCAUGAGGUUAUGUUCUCCAUGUUCCUGGGAGACCAGGAGCUGAUCCCUUUUCUCUUCUGGGAGGGAGACUCAGCAUGGGCCAAUGCCACCAUUCGGGCUACAGAGACAGGGGACCAGGAGCUGUCCUGCCUUGCAUCUCUGGGUCCGAAGGAACAGAAAACAAGAGCGGUGGUGCUUGUCUAUAGCUUCCCACCACCAGUCCUGGAGAUAAAGGAAUCAGACCCAUUGGUGGGGACAGAUGUUAACGUGACCUGUUCAGGGCAUGAACUAACAUCACCCAGCCCUGCUCUGCGACUUCAGGGAGCCCCGGAUCUCCCUGCCCCUGGGGAGCCUGCUUGGAUUUUACUUGCCGCCAGGGAGGAAGACGAUGGCCAGAAUUUCUCCUGUGAGGCCUCCUUGGAGGUUCGGGGGCAGCGGUUGAUCAAAACCACUGAUGUCCAGCUCCAUGUGUUCUGUGAGUAGAAGUCUGAGCCUUCUUCCUGUCCUGGCAACCAGACGUGGGUGGAAGGGACGGAGCAGGUGCUCACCUGCAUCCCAAGGGGAAACCCGGCUCCAGGCUUGGUGUGCACCUGGAAUGGAAUGAUCUUCAACCUUGGAGUUCCGCAGAAGGUGACCCAGAAUCACACUGGAACCUCCUGCUGCGCGGCCACUAACCAGCUGGGCUCUGCCAGCAAAGACAUUGCCGUGGUUGUUCAAGGACCAGAGGAAGGCCUCAGCUCUGCCAUCUCUGUCAUUAUCAUCAUGGCCCUUGGCACGGGUGUAGUCGCCAUAGUGCUGUAUUUGAACUAUCAGCCCUGCAAACUAGAGAGGAGGAAGUUGCCCUAUAGGCAGAAAGACAACAACAAAGAAGAGGAAAGCCAGCUCGCUGUUCAACAAGCAGAAAAGUACAGCCCACAUAAUUGUUAA